GGUCGAUAUCGAACGUCGGCCUGGUCGGCCAUAUCUCUCUAGUGGCGAACAGGUACACGCUUAACCAAGGCUACGCGCUCCGUCUUGUGUCGAAGGAUAGUUUGUUUCCGCGAGGAAAAAAAAUGGCCCGAAUUACCGCCGUGAAGGAAUAUCUCGAGAAGACGUUGAGGGACGAGAGCAAGUCAUGGACAAAGAUGUUCGUCUUCGCAGAGGCGAAGACCGGCAUCGAUCGGCUGUACAUUUUUGUCGGAUCAUUGAUGCUGCUGGCUUUAUACUUGGUGUUUGGAUUGGGACAACAGCUAGUGUGUAAUAUAGUCGGUUUUGUUUAUCCCGCAUACCAAUCUAUGAAGGCGUUGGAAAGCCCCAAGAAAGAGGACGACACAAAAUGGCUUACCUAUUGGGUCGUUUUUGCCGUAUUUACUAUAAUAGAAUUCUUUUCUGAAUAUAUCGUCUGCUGGUUUCCGGUUUACUGGCUGUUCAAGUGUAUAUUCUAUGUAUGGUUGAUGGCGCCAACUGAGUACAACGGUUCCUUGAUUCUAUAUCGCCGAGUCAUCCGUCCAAAGUUUAUACAGUAUCAACCUGGAUUAGACAGACUGUUGUCCAAUGCACGUGAUACAGUCAAGACUGCAGCGGGAGCAUUGCUGACCAAUAAGGAAGAUUAAUGAAGCUGUAAAUUGAACAUAAUAGAAAGUCCAUUUGUGUCUUUCCCUUUACUCAUUCCUAGCAGAGAGAGAGCGUGGAUUUUAUGCUUUACCGAAUAUUAUUGAGCGUUGUUACAUUAACGACUACAAAGAUGAAGAAAAUGCCAAACGAAUAGAAAUUUUAAAUAUCCUAGAUACAAUAAGCAACUGUCAAGUGAAUCAGGGAAAAUCAAAGUUGUCCAAAAUUGUGAAUAGAUAACGAAUACGAAGGAUGCACGAAUGAAAAAAAAAGUCUCCCUCUGAAAAUAAAUCAUUUAUAGUAUAAUAACCUGGUUUCAGAAUUACGGAAUAGUGUUGUUAGAAACACAGUUUCAGCAUGGAAAUAACGUUUUAUUUUCAGAUAAGCUCGGCUUAUCGUUUAUAGUAAUUCCGAGCCAACUGAAAAUUUGGAAUGUUUUUGUACAAUAGGAUAGACUGGCCACGUGUGUCUGCCAUUUGCGUAAUCAUUGAUGAUAUACAUGUGUUAGAAUACUUUACUUUUAGAGGAAAGAGUUUCACCAACAUUAAACUUUCUAAUUACCUGAUUUAAUUCUUUAUUUUUUCUAAAUUAUUUACUCAAUAUCAAUUAUACAAUAAUAAAAUGUCAAGUUUUUAUUUUAAAAUAUUUGCGGUGUUAAUCUGAAAUGAAUAAGAUGUUGGUGAAAUCAGUUUUUACCGCGUAUGUUUUACUAGGUAAGUUUAUCAGGCAUUGUUGAUAAGAAGCUGGUAAGGAUGAUUGAAAUACUUAAAAUUAGCAAAGAUCCAAGAUAAUUGGAAACGAUAUAUGAUAUAUUCAGAUACGUAAAGAUACCUCGAUAAAUCUAACUAAAAAUUUGAAAUCUUUGAUGACCAUUGUUGCCAUCUAAUUGUUAUAUCGCGAUAAGGCGAGAGUUCUGAGAUAAAUCAGAAAUUAUGCCUUCUAGUUAGUUCACGAGUCGUCAAUGAAACGACACGCACAAUUAGCUUAAAUUUGUACAUUAUAUAUGUGAGAUUGCAUCGUAACUUGCAUGCGAUUGUCUUCUUCUGUUUAUAUUCUAUAUAAAAGAAUAUAGUAUAGUCUACCAACAUCCUCAAAUAGCUUCGACUUUGAAGUAAUAGAGACAAGCUUAGGAUAUGUGUAUAUUGCUCAAAUUAAACCGUCUUGUACAAGUUAAUAACCACCUUGUCCGACCAAGUCGGUGUGUUACAUUUGUGGAUCCUAUGAAAAUCUAAGGGCAUUUUUCCAUGUCUUUUUUCCAUCACUUUUAAAAUUCGUCAUAUGGUUAUACCGAUUGUUACCGAGAGGAUGAUAUUACGGGUUUUAAAUAAAAAUGUAAAUUUAGAGGUAUUGACCAAAAUUAUAAACCAUUAUACACGCACUGCAAUAAAUAUGUUUUUAUUUUA